AUGGACGCUCUUGCGCAUAUACCCGUCAUCGCGCUUGUCCACUCAGAUACAAUCGAGCCGGUCUUCCCCUACAUCAAACGCGACUCGCCACUUGGAGACAUCCCCCGCCUGCGGAAGCAUAAACAGUGCCCGGGUGCAGAGACUGCUGAAGUCCCUGCCAAGAGAGAGGAAGCCAGCGAUGCGCUGCGUGUUGUGCAAAGAUUUUGCAUGUUGGAACGCCAUUUCCCAACAGACGGUCCUGAGCUUUGA